UCUUUGUCUCAAACAUGGCGGCACACAUGUGAAAGUCAUGCCAGUUUCAGUCAGCAUAUCUGGAUUAGAUUAGCGCGUGCACGCUGCAUGUAAGUGUCGUCUCACGCGGGGACUUUUUUGUUGCUUUUAUUCUCCACAGAUUUUUGUCAAAAUCAGAAAGAAACGAAGUGAUUUCAGUGAGUGACAAGAGUGUUUUUAUGUUAGCAUUGUAGCUAACUAGCUUCAGACAGACCUGCGAUGGAACCAGACCAGCAGCUCAGAAACCUGCGGGAUUUCCUCAUGGUUUACAACCGGAUGACGGAAAUCUGCUUCCAGCGAUGCACCAACAAUUUCAACUACAGGAACCUCACCAUGGACGAGGAGCGCUGUGUGGACAGCUGUGCAGGGAAGCUGAUCCGCUCGAACCACCGCCUCAUGGCCACCUAUGUGCAGCUCAUGCCUCGGAUGGUGCAGCGCCGGAUGGAGGAGAUGGAGAGCAAGGCGGCGGAGAUGGCCAAGGCAACGGAGGCAGCUGAGGCCGCUGCGUCUGCGUCUAAUCCUCCAGCCGCAGUCUCUCAGAGCCUCAUCGUCUCACCUGAACUCCCUCAGAUACCUGCACUCUUACAGCCUUCACUGACUGACGGAGGAGCAGAGGCACACGGCUCCGUCUUAAGGUCGGCAGGAUUAGAUCUUCCUGCAGAGCUGGAUGCUGCUGCUGCAAAAUCCACAAUAGUCACAGAAGUCAAAUUGUCAGCUGCCACGCCCCUCACGCCUCUCACACCUUUAAGCCAAACAGUGAAUCCUACACUGCUUAAUAAUCAAGUGGACAAUGGACCGUCUUAUACAGCAGGCUUUUCACAGCUGUCCACAUCUGUAGCCCAGUCUGGGAGCUCAGUACCUGAAUUUAUUCCAUCUCUACCAACCUCCUUAUCACAAGACGUCCCUGUGGCUGUCAUCUCUGCACCUGCACAACCAAACCAAGAGAGGGCGCCAGAGGCUCCCCCUGUGUCAAGCCAAUGAUGAUGCUCAGUGAGGGUCUGAGCUGUUCUCCCAACACAAAUAACACCAAUCUGGUGUAUUUCUCAUCAGUGGCAUCAUCACUCACAGCUGAUGAUGUAACACUGGAAAGAAUAAAUGACAAAAUAACAUAACUUAUAACAGGCAGAAGAAAGAAUUCUUCUUUAAAGUCUACACGGCUCAGCCUGAUGAUUAAUCUUCUCAUAAUUGUUUUGUAACGGUAACUAAUAACUGAAUUAAUGUUUUAUUAAAGGAAUAAAGCAA